AUGGAGGAGGAGAAGGCUGCAAAACUUGCGGUGUUUUGUGUGAUCAACAACAUAUGGAUCUAUCUAUCUAUCUAUCUAUCUAUCUAUCUAUCUAUCUAUCUAUCUCAGCCUCUGAUCUAUCUACCUAUCUCAGUCUGUAAUCUAUCUAUCUAUCUAUCUAUCUAUCUAUCUAUCUAUCUAUCUAUCUAUCUAUCUAAUGAUGAGCUUAAAGCUUUAAACUGCAACUCACCAAGUACACAAAAUAAUCCCUACUUUGUGUUGGGAUCACCAGUGCACUUUCCUUUUUUUUCUUUUUUUUUUUUUUUUUAUUCACUUCUUACACACAGUUCAACGGUCUGUCAGCCUGUUUGUGAUUCCUUUCUGUUGUCGUUUACCGUCAUCAAUGGAAACAACACUUGCGGCUUUUGUGAAAAACCGACAGAUGCACACGUGCGGCCCGACUUCCGCAUGCAAGAGUUGGAAUUCUCACAUGAGGAUCUAUCUAUCUAUCUAUCUAUCUAUCUAUCUAUCUAUCUAUAA